AUGGGUGACCAACAACAACAAAUACUGCAAAAUAAGAGAAGAAGAGUGACUAGGGCCUGUGAUGAAUGCCGAAAAAAGAAGGUGAAAUGUGAUGGGCAACAACCAUGUAUCCAUUGCACUGUUUACUCAUAUGAAUGUACCUAUAACCAACCAACUAAGAGAAGUAAUACAUCGGCGUCAACUCAAUCGCCGCAAAGUGCGAAUCAACAACGUCCACAUGGGCCGUCGAACGGUAGUGGAUCUUCGCUGAAUAUUCCGGUGUCUUCGACGACAACCACAACUGCGGGAGCAAUCAAGAAGCCGUAUGGGAAGGACUCAAAGAUGCAGUCGCAGUUAAUGAAAUACAAACAGCUAUUUCAUGACAUUUUACCUAAUCUUCCCGAUAUCGACUCCUUAGAUGUUCCCACAUUCACUCAAAUAUACCGUAAUUUUAGCGCGAAUCCUCAAUAUGCGUCCUCGAUACUGAGCGAUACAGUGACAGAGUAUAACUUGAUCGCUGGUGACACGACACCGCGAUCUUCCAUGGCUACCUCGCCGGACGGGAGCUUAGGAAGCGCUCAUACCGAAGCUGUAGAGUCAAUUGAUGGUUCCAUUCAGUCACAGAUGGGGAGAGAGAUUAAAAUCAUACUACCGCCGAAGCCAAUAGCUCUACAAUUCUUGAAGAAUGUUUGGGAGCAUUGCUGCGUUCUACUUCGCUUCUACCAUAGGCCAAGUUUUAUUGAACAGUUUGACGAACUUUACGAGACGGACCCACAGAAUUAUACCCACAACCAGAUGCAGUUCUUGCCUCUUUGUUAUUCGACAAUGGCCGUCGGCGCUUUGUUCUCUAAGUCAAUGGAUGUGAACAAAACUCAGGAUAAUCAGGGCAAGAAUGAGAGUAAUAAAGGAGAAGAUGCUGCUGCUCGAGAUAAAUUUCUCGAAGAUGAAGGUUAUAAGUACUUUAUCGCGGCAAGGAAACUGAUAGAUAUUACGAACGCUCGAGACUUGAACUCCAUUCAAACCAUUCUGAUGCUAUUCAUCUUUUUGCAGUGUUCUGCGAGGUUAUCAACAUGUUACGCCUACAUAGGUGUCGCUAUGAGAAGCGCGCUUAGAGAAGGGCUCCAUAGAUCGGUCUCUCCAGAUUCGGGAUUCUCUCCAAUUGAAAUUGAAAUGAGGAAACGGUUGUUUUACACAAUUUACAAGCUGGACGUUUAUGUAAAUGCCAUGCUAGGUUUACCUAGAUCUAUUUCGUCCAACGAUUUCGAUCAAACUUUGCCCAUCGAACUUUCGGAUGAAAACAUUACAGAAGAAGGGUAUUUCCCAGAAAACCAAAAGGGCAAACUUUCCAGUGCAGAGAUCGCUAAUCAACAUACAAAAUUAAUAAUGAUAUUAAACGUCAUUGUAGGGGAGUUAUAUCCGAUCAGGAAAACGAAUAAUCUUAUCCGUCACGAGGUAGUCACCGAGUUAGAGCUGAAGCUUAGACAGUGGUUGGAUGGCCUACCGCGUGAGUUAAUUCCUGGCAUAAAAGAUGUUCCGAAGGAAUACGAAACGGCAAACAAGUUGCUACAUCUGUCUUUCUUCCACGUUCAAUUGAUCCUAUACAGACCUUUCAUUCACUACCUAUCGAGAAAUAUUGUAGCCAACAGUCCCGACUCAUUGUCGAUUCAACGUGCUCGAAAUUCAGUUGACGUUGCACGGGCCGCUGUAAACUUGGCAGAAGACAUGCUGCGCCAAAAUUUACUAACUGGCUCUUAUUGGUAUGGAAGCUAUACUAUUUUCUAUUCGGUGGCAGGACUAUUGUUCUAUAUCCACGAAGCACGUCCAACUGACAAGGCAAGUACAACUGAAUAUGAAGCGAUUUUAAAGGACGCUGAAGUUGGUAGAAACGUUCUGCUUCAACUCAAAGAUUCCAGUAUGGCAGCAGAUAGAACCUUCAACUUAUUAAACAAGCUAUUUGAAAAACUGAACUCGAAGACAAUUAGGCUCUCUGCGAUUCAUGGCAAGGCAGCAGAUCGCACAGUUCAGGGUCGACAAGUACAACAGGACUUACAACAACCUAUAACAGUCGCUCCUCAACAAAUAGUUGACCCUUACAAUACUGAGCCUUAUUACGGCCCCGACUUACCUGGGUAUCUAUNNNAGUCGAAGAAUACACAGAGUCCUUCCGAGACCUCUGAAGAUGCUGCAAAUAAAUCUACCAAGACGAUCAGCGGUGUCAACACCAUUAAUACAGCAGCAACUUCAAACCUUUCCGGAAAUGAGAACGACAUAUUUUUGAAAUCAGACACAACCCGGUUGGAUGGCCUUUUCAUGUUUGAUGGACUCAAUCCAGAGAUUUUUGGCGGUGUUAAUAUGCCAGACAAUUCUUUCAAAGGAUACGAUCAGCUGUCCAUGUCUGGUGAGCCUGACCCUUCCACGACGACCACGAAAGGUAAGAACGAGCCUUUAGAAUCUGAAUCUUACGUUCCCGGCGUUUUCGAUCAGUUGGAUGUGCAAUUAUUUGGAAGGUUUUUGCCUCCUUACAUGUCUCAACCAAAUGGUGAUCAGCAAGCGACUAUGCAAAAGAACGCCAAACAAUGA